ACACCUCCCGCCGGGCAGCAUGGCGGACACAGCGGCGCAGCCCAACAAGAGAAGGCGCGAAGUGGAUGCCGAGGAGGCGGAGGCGCCCAGCACAGAGGGAAAAGAAGCGGGCGUUGGGAAUGGUACCUCUGCCCCUGUCCGCUUACCUUUCUCCGGCUUUAGAGUGAAAAAAGUGCUGAGGGAGUCUGCGCGGGACAAAAUCAUUUUCCUACACGGGAAGGUUAAUGAGGCUUCUGGGGAUGGGGAAGGAGAGGAUGCCAUUGUGAUCCUGGAGAAGACACCAUUUCAGGUGGACCACGUUGCCCAGCUCCUGAAGGGCAGCCCUGAGCUCCAGCUGCAGUUCUCCAAUGAUAUCUACAGCACCUAUCACCUGUUCCCUCCAAGGCAACUGAGUGACGUGAAGACAACCGUGCUUUACCCUGCCACAGAGAAACACCUGCAAAAGUACCUGCACCGGGACCUCCGCCUGGUCCGGGAGACGGGCGAUGAUUACAGGAACAUCACCUUGCCGCACCUGGAGUCCCAGAGCCUCAGCAUCCAGUGGGUGUACAAUAUUCUCGACAGGAAGGCUGAAGCUGACCGGAUUGUGUUUGAGAAUCCGGAUCCCUCUGAUGGCUUUGUCCUCAUCCCCGACCUCAAGUGGAACCAACAGCAGCUCGAUGACCUGUACCUGAUUGCCAUCUGCCGUCGCCGGGACGUCAAGUCGCUUCGGGACCUCACCCCAGAGCACCUGCCGCUGCUCAGGAACAUCCUCCAGGAGGGGCAGGAAGCCAUCCUGCAGCGCUACCAGGUGGCGGGAGACCGCCUUCGCGUGUACCUGCACUACCUGCCCUCCUACUACCACCUGCACGUGCACUUUACCGCCCUGGGCUUCGAGGCCCCUGGUGCAGGCGUGGAGCGGGCCCACCUGCUGGCAGAGGUGAUCGAGAACCUGGAGCAGGACCCCGAGCACUACAGCCGCCGCACCCUCACCUUUGCCCUCAGAGCUGAUGACCCGCUCCUCACGCUCUUGCAGGAGGCCCAGAGAAGCUGAGUCGGAGAAGAGCACUGAUGUGUAUGGGGCGGGGAGGGGCAGCCGGAUUUUUAGCACCAAGUGAAUUUUUUUUUUUUUUAAUAUAUUUUGUACUGGCUUCUUCCCAGCAUGAGAAUAAACUAUCGGUCUCAUU